AUGCGUCCCAUUCUCAUGAUGACAGCGAUCGUCGCCUUCAUUACUCCAGCACAUUGUAGCCCAUCUCCCGACCACAUUCCUAACCUUCGUAAUGGCAUCAACACUGGUUCCUUUGUCACCAAACGCCAGACACUCCACACGCGCAAGAAUUUCACUGCGGUAAUGGAGAGCAUGUACGCCGAGAUCGGCACAAUACCACAAUUCCCGAUUCUAGCAAAGAAUAUAACUUCGUAUAAUGAAACGUCGAGGCUGGCAUUUAUUAAAGCAAUCAAGCAAGCUGUUGGCCCAAAGGGAUUCAUGUUGUUCCAUGAAUCCAACCACGGUUUCUGGCUGCCUCUAUUCGAUCUGAGCGUCGGUCUCGGGCUGAAGCGAAUCGUUCUUGGAAAUCCACUGGUGGCAUUGACGAUGCUGGAGCAUGACUUGACGGCUGGACUGGCGGUGCCUGUUGAGUUGCUGGUGAGAGAACGUAAUAAUGAAGACGGCGGAGGUACUGAUUUGUUGUGGAAUCUCCCAAGCUCGUUGGUCGUUGCGGGAAGCAGGGACAGACAGCUCUUAGAGAAUGCCAGAAAGCUGGACGGGCUACUGGAGGAUUUGAUAUGGGAAGUUGCGAAACUGUAG